AUGACCACCGGCCCAUCACCGUCAUCGUUGGCACCAGCUACCGUCAUCCUCGCCGCGGCAUCCGAGUGCAAGUCACCAAAAUACUUAUACCCAACUCGAGAUGUAUCCAAGGUCAAUAAACACAGAUUGAGCUUUGUGACGAGUUUUAAAGUAGAGUUAGUGGCAGAGGAUAAGAUGACCAAUUUAACGGGUAGUCGAGGGUGUCUCACAGAGAAGUCACCAGCGUUGAUGCUGUUAAGAAGGAAAGUUCCGGACAUAAUUACUGAAAUCCCAUUAAGAGGUCUCGGUAUAGACUGGAAAGGAGAGGACGUUUUGACUUUACACGAAGAGUGCUUCACAGCAGGAUGGCAUUUCUUCUAUAAAGACGAUAAGAUCUAUCCAAUACAUAAGUUCCUCUUGCAACGGCACCUGCGCGUACAAUUUGUUAACAUCGUGAAGAUGAGUGAGUGGUGCGAGGCACUAACCAUCAAGUUUCAGAAGGCGGUCGCUGCGUUCGGCUUCAUGGGCUUGUUUGAUAAGACGAGCAGUCGGCAUGAUGAUGGCACCAGACGCGCAGUGGACCAACUGCACCGGCUCAUCCAACGUCUACCACCUCUUUCACUCACAGUUCCUCUAUCCCUUCAUGGAGUGCAUCUCUAAGUAAGGUUACAUUUAAUGAUCUCUUACAUUUUCAAGCAUAGAGCGAGACCCGGGUUUGACGAUUGCUUCCUCUUUGGUCAUUUCGAAAUUCAAGGCGUUUUCUGACUAAUGCAUCGGCAGAUUUUACUUUACCGUGAAUGGGUUCAAAAUGAUGCAUUAUAGUAAAGCUAAUACCGUCAACAGCUGUGAUAUGCUACAAUUCACUUCCUCGUAACUCUUAGUAAGCUCAAAGCGGGUUCAAAAAUUGUGCUACGGAAUACAUAAAAGGCCAGGUUCAAUUAUUACGUAACGAAAUUUUUGAAGAUUUUUGACCCUCUCUCCCCCAAUGUAAAGCGCUGUAACGUUUUUCUGAUCCUCCCCCUCUCCCUCCAUAAACAUUACGUAACACUCAAGUGCCCAAUCCUAUAGGUGGAUUGAACUUAUGGGUUUGCCAGCAGCGAAAAUUUCGUUGCCAAUUUUUUCGCGCUAAUAAUUCAGCUUGAGAGUUUAUAAAGGUCAGCACGAGUAGCUUAAACAUAACUUCCUAGGUUGUUCGAUCCGGAGAUCAAGAUGGACUGGAUGACGAUGAAGAAGGUAAUAAACAACGAGAGACUUGACUACGAUUACCUACCAAACAUGUACGACCAACUGCGCUGGUCUUCAGGCAGCCAAUCCUCAGAAGAAAAAUAA